AUGUGGUUUAGGCUAGGGCUGGGCAUUAGCUUAACUGUGCUGCUCUGCAACACGCUCUGUGCGGCCGAAAAGUUGGCGCAGAACAAUGUGAAUCCAAGUGAUAGCGAAGAGGCGCAUAAAUUGGAGGUCCUGCUGGAGUCCACACGUACUAGCACAACCCCAAAACCCAUCAGCAGCUCCACAACCAAAACAAGCACCUAUGAGACCCAUAUAGAGGACCAUGAAUAUAAUUUUAAAAACGAUCGCCUGCCUGCGCUUACAGAGGAUGAGUUCAACAGCUUGAGCCAUGACGCCAAUCCGCUGCAUUUCCUCAAGCAGCUGACAGAACCGCCGGCGGACACAACAGAGCCGCAGGUAGACCCAACUAAACCUCCUCCAGAUCCAACUAAAUCUCAGACAGAAUCAACCCAGCCGCAGAAUACUAAAGCCGACCCGAUUCCUGGCACACCAAUCUACAUAACCAUACCGAUCUAUAUCAAUACCUCUGGCAAAAUGCCGAUCAGCUUGACCAUUGGCGAUAAGGAACUGCCGCUGCAAAGACGCAGCUCUGCGGAGAAGAAGAACCACUCCACCAAGUCGCCCAACUCAUAUUUCAAUCGUUUGCUGGAGAAAAUUGAGCCACCCAAAAGGCGCACAACCAAUCGACAUCGCAGCCAGAGCCGCAGCAAGAUUCAAGCUCUAAAGGAGCGCAAUGCCUCACAGCUCUAUAAGAAGCUAAGCGCAGCUGAGAGUGAGGAGCAAAAGGAGUUUUAG